ACCUCUCCUGCUUCUGUGAUUGGCUGACUGGACGUCUCUGCCAACUUUGGAAACGAGGUGGGUCGCGCGCGCUGCUGCUCCACCCCCAGGUGUCGCGGGCCGGUUUAAAUAGUGAGAAAGGAGGAAGGACAUGACCAUCAUCAUCAUCUUCAUCACAGUUCAUUUACCUGACAUGAUAUUCUCAUUUCCCUGGAGUGGAGUCUGCAUCCUGCACUGAGAACUGGAGAACUGCACACAGGCCAAAAGUCAAAUCGAGGUUAGAGGUCAACCCGACUCCCAUCGACCCACCAGAGGCCGACCCAGUCGUCAGUACCGACCCAGACCCCACAGCCUCUGAAUCUGAGCCUGAGAUCGACUCGACUCCUGACGCUGAAACCUCCAACAUGGCUGACCCGGCCCCCGACGACAGCAAGUUCCUCUUCCUGGAUAACGACUUCCGCAACAGUGGGGUGGCGCAGGCGGAUUGGUCCGCCAAGAAGAUGGUGUGGAUCCCGUCGGAGAAGGAGGGCUUCGAGACCGCCAGCAUGAAGGAGGAUAAGGGGGACGAGGUGGUGGUGCAGCUCUCUAACGGUCAGAAGGUGACGGUGAACAAAGACGACAUCCAGAAGAUGAACCCGCCCAAGUUCAGCAAGACGGAGGACAUGGCCGCCCUCACCUUCCUCAACGAGGCAUCUGUCCUCCAGAACCUGCGAGAGAGAUACUUCUCCAGCCUCAUCUAUACAUACUCUGGUCUGUUCUGCGUGGUGGUGAACCCCUACAAGAUGCUGCCCAUCUACUCUGAGAAGAUCAUCGAGAUGUAUAAGGGCAAGAAACGCCAUGAGGUGCCGCCGCACAUCUACUCCAUCACAGACAACGCCUACAGGAACAUGAUGCAGGACCGUGAGGAUCAGUCUAUUCUCUGCACAGGUGAGUCUGGAGCGGGGAAGACAGAAAACACCAAGAAGGUGAUCCAGUACCUGGCUGUGGUCGCAUCCUCGCACAAAGGCAAGAAGGACGCCAAUCCUCAGCCACAGCAGCAGCAGGCUGGAUCUCUUGCCUACGGGGAGCUGGAGAAGCAGCUGCUGCAGGCUAACCCCAUCCUGGAGGCGUUCGGAAAUGCAAAAACCAUCAAGAACGAUAACUCCUCACGAUUUGGAAAGUUCAUCAAGCUCAACUUCGAUGUGACCGGAUAUAUUGUUGGGGCCAACAUUGAAACCUACCUGCUAGAGAAGUCUCGCUGUAUCCGGCAGGGAAACACAGAGAGAGCCUUUCACAUCUUCUACUACCUGGUGGCCGGGGCCAAAGACAAGCUGAAGGAGGAGCUCCUGCUGGAGGACUUCAGCGCCUACCGCUUCCUGGUGGCUGGACACGUGGAGAUCCCGGGUCAGGAGGACGACGAGAUGUUUCUAGAGACUCUGGAGGCCAUGGAGAUCAUGGGCUUCACCGAGGAGGAGAGGAUAGGGAUGAUGAAGGUGGUGUCCACCGUGCUCCAGCUGGGCAACGUCAAGUUUGAGAAGGAGAGGAGCAGCGAGCAGGCCACCAUGCCCGACGACACCGCUGCACAGAAGCUGUGUCACCUGCAGGGCAUCAACAUCACCGACUUCACCCGCGCCAUCCUCAACCCCCGCAUCAAGGUGGGCCGCGAGGUGGUGCAGAAGGCGCAGACUAAGCAGCAGGCUGACUUUGCGGUGGAGGCUCUGGCUAAGGCGAUGUAUGAGCGUCUGUUCCGUUGGAUCCUGGCGAGAGUGAACAAGACUCUGAACAAGAGCAAGAGGCAGUCGUCCUCCUUCCUCGGCAUCCUGGACAUCGCUGGCUUUGAGAUCUUUGAGGACAACUCCUUCGAGCAGCUGUGCAUCAACUACACCAACGAGCGGCUGCAGCAGCUCUUCAACCACACCAUGUUUGUGCUGGAGCAGGAGGAGUACAAGAGGGAGGGUAUCGAGUGGAGCUUCAUCGACUUCGGACUGGACCUGCAGCCCUGCAUCGAGCUCAUCGAGAGGGCGAACAACCCCCCCGGUAUCCUGGCCCUGCUGGACGAGGAGUGCUGGUUCCCCAAAGCCACCGACGUCUCCUUCGUGGAGAAGCUGCUGAACACACACACCGGCCACGUCAAGUUCUCCAAAGCCAAACAACACAAAGACAAACUGAUAUUCACUGUCAUGCACUACGCCGGCAAUGUUGAGUAUAACGCAGCCAGCUGGCUGACUAAGAACAUGGACCCCCUGAACGACAACGUGACGGCGCUGCUCAAAGUCUCCUCCAGCAACUUCAUCCAGGACCUCUGGAAAGAUGUGGACCGUGUGGUGGGACUGGAGACGAUGACCAAGAUGUCGGAGAGCUCAGCUCCCACUAAAUCUAAGAAAGGGAUGUUUCGCACGGUGGGUCAGCUGUACAAGGAGUCUCUGGGGAAACUGAUGACCACGCUGCACAACACGCAGCCCAACUUCGUCCGCUGCAUCAUCCCCAACCACGAGAAGAGGGCGGGGAAGAUGGACUCCAACCUGGUGCUGGAGCAGCUCCGCUGUAACGGCGUGCUGGAGGGCAUCCGCAUCUGCAGGCAGGGCUUCCCCAACCGCAUCGUGUUCCAGGAGUUCAGACAGCGAUAUGAGAUUCUGGCUGCCAGCGCCAUCCCAAAAGGCUUCAUGGACGGGAAGCAGGCGUGCUGUCUGAUGGUGAAGCACCUGGACCUGGACCCCAACCUGUUCCGCAUCGGGCAGAGUAAGAUGUUCUUCAGGACCGGAGUGCUGGCCCAGCUGGAGGAGGAGCGCGACCUCAAACUGACCGUCGUCAUCAUCGCUUUCCAGGCACAAGCACGAGGCUUCCUGGCCCGCAAAGCGUUCAAUAAAAGGCAGCAGCAGCUGACAGCGAUGAAGGUGAUCCAGAGAAACUGCGCCUGUUACCUCAAACUGAAGAACUGGCAGUGGUGGAGGCUCUUCACCAAGGGAUAUUUUGAAGAUAAAAGGCAAGUGGGACCAGACCCUUUCGGCAUCAUGACUACACUUGAGAAUCUUGCAAAUGCAG